AUGUCAGAGAAUAUCUAAAAUAGAGUGUCCUCAAUCUUUGAAAAGCUAAACAACAUCUCUACUAGUGUUUAGGAUGAGAAAAACAAUCGUUUUCAUGCUAUAAGUUAAUUGAUUAUGGCCUUUGAAGCGUAACUGUAACAUUAAUCUGACUUAAAGGAAGAAAAAUUUGCUUAUAUUGCAUAAAAAGUUAGACAAAUAACAGAAUUUUUAGAAUAGGAAUAAGAGGAUCGUGAAAGGCAAGAGAGUGAGACUUUUAAAUUGAUAACUGAUUUGGAAAGACAUGCAAGAAGAUUGAUUGAGCAAAAUUCUAAGGAUAGAGUAGAAUAAGAGAAAAAAAUAGUAUAUUCAAUAGGACAUUAAAUUGAGAGUUUACAAUAGGAAGUUGUAAAAGAAGGACUUGCCCAAUCUACAUCUCAUGAAUAUAUUGAUUCUUAUUUGAAUGAAGAUUUGCCUAAAAUUGCUGAUGAACUGUAAAAUGAAAUCACAGAAAGAAAGGAUGUUGAGGAGAAGAUAUAUCAUUAGUUUGUAGAACAAUUAAAUGAUCUAAGGGAAUUAUUUGAAAGAGAAAAGAAGGAAAGAGAAGCAAAGGAAGAAGAAAUCGUUGAAAGUUUGAGAGAGAUUUCAGGAAGAAUAUAGGAAUAAUUAAGAAAAACUAGAGGAGAAAGAGAGAAAACUGAAGAAACAUUGGUGCAGUUGGUUGAGAAGGUCAUUGAAAAAUUGAAGAGAGAAAUGCUGGAAAUGAAUUUAUGAUAUUCAUUGAUAUAAAUAAUUAUAAUUAAUUU